AUGGGAUUUCCAGAAGAUUCGAGUCAUUUUCAGCACUGGAUUUUCACAGAGCAGCAACUGGAUAUUCAAAGACGUUCAGUUCUAGAGGCCGCUGUUCAAAAACUGACCGUCCAACUCGAGGAGAAGGGUGUGUCUCCUCCUGCUGAUCUUUUUUUAGACAAGAAUGAAUGCGAAUUUCUCAUUUCGUAUUUUGUAUCUCAACUGCUUAUUGUUUGCUCGGUGAAGGGGUUAGACUACAAGGUGACGAAUACAGCUGCUGCAUUUCUCACUCGGUUUUACUUGAAGAGAAGUCUAUUCGAAUUUGAUCCUCGUCGCAUUUUGCUCACUUGCAUUCUCUUAUCAAUCAAAUCGGAAGACUUGGCGAUGUCGACAACAUUGCAUCGUUUCUGUGAGAGCCUCAUAUCUCCAAAGCGAGUUCGUUUAGCAGAAGUGAUUGAUAAUGAGUUGGUUGUACUGGAUGCGAUCUCAUUUCAUCUAUUAGUGUUGCAACCAAGAACCCCCAUCCAUUUUCUAACAACCGAGUAUUUUCAGCGCUAUAAACCAACGAAGCCUUCUGAAACAGCAUCAGCGGAAGAGAAGCAAGCGGUUCACGAGGCCCAAACAGCUUUUGGAAAGCUCCUAGAAGAGAUUAAGCGCGACGCAGAACAACUUGCUCUUCAAGCGUUCGGAAAUGCGGAAAUUCCAUUCCUGUACACACCGUCUCAAAUCGGGAUCGCAACUUUUUUGCACGUUUCUGAAGGAAAGCUUCAAGACGCCGAAAAAUUUGUUGGAGGAUUAUUUAACGCCAGCGAUGACAAGGCUCGCCUCUUUGAUUCUCUGAGACCGAAAUUGUUGGAUCUAAGAACCCGCUUGGCUCUUAUGGUUGAAGAAAGACAGCAAGAAGGCGAUGAAGAGAGGUCCCAAAGGGCUGCAAAGGGAAUUAAAAAGCUCGAAAAGUUAGCAAAACUAUUAAAAGGUGGAAGAGUUCCAACUGAAACGCCAUCAUCACCAAAGGAAACAGAAACAUCAUUACCAGAACAACAUUAA